UCAGAAUAACUUCUGCAACGUGCCAGCGUCGCGCUGUUCUCCAGGCCUUUGACUUGUCGUCGCCGUCUUCCUUCAUCACCCCCCGCCGACGCUCGCACCUCGACCCACGCGAACACCAGAACAAACGCCUGUCGCAAGUUCACCCAGCCUCCAACCACAACUCGCACUCUCGCCGCUCGAGCCCAUACCCCUUGUCUCGGCCUUGCUCUUUGCUGCCACCCAUCCUUAUCCGGCCGCCUCAUGUCAACCCAGUUCUCAGGCACGGCCGUCGCUGUGCAGCACAACCCGUUCCAGCACGCAUACAAGAAGUCCGCGCUUUACAGCCAGAUGGAUUCAGGCUCGAAUACCCCAAUGAAUGUGUCGCCCACCUCGCCGCGCACCAUGGGCCACCUGCCUGCAUAUCCCCAGCAUGCACCGGCGCUUCGCCCGCUGAAGACACCCGGCUACAUCCCCGCAGCGCUGCGUAGGACCGAGAAGCCUGGUGGGCGGUCGCCGCCAACCGCCGACUCUGCCAGCGAUACACCAAACACCACCUGGGGUUCUUCUGGACAGUCGCCCGGCGAGAUUACUCCCAUCUCCCGUAUCGCGACCGAGGACAUGCGCUCCAUCUACGACGACACCCCGCUGUCUCCGGUGGCUGGGCCCAUUACGCGCAACCACUGGCAGCCUGACAGUUCGACUGUUGUCUGCACCGCUUCGUGCUGCCAGCAGCCGUUUGGUCUCUUCAUGCGUCGCCAUCACUGUCGCAAGUGCGGCGGCAUCUUCUGCUACCAGCACAUCCAGAAGCAGGUUCGACUCAACGAGCACGCUUUGUUCCAUCCUGAGGGCGAGUUGCACAAGGCCUGCGAUCGUUGCCACACGCAGUUCCGCGAGUGGGAGCAGAUGCGCUCCAGCCGCACCAACAGCGAGAGCUCUGGCAGCAUCGACAGCCCCGCCGCCGUGCAGAUCGAGCAAGCGCCGCAGGCGAAGCGCCCAGAGUGUGCCCCCAAGGCUAGCUUCCUGUCGCAGAGCUUCGGCGGCGGCACCUGGAACUGGAGCACCUUCUAGUUCACGACUGCCUCGACGAGUCUCUUUCUGGCCAUUCGUGCCUUCUUUCUCAACAUGAUGAUAUCCCGGACGGCCUAUCGCCUACAUAAGGGCACACGGUCGUCCACAAUUCUUUCCAGCUCUUUCAGCUUCUGCACGAAGCAUCUGCAUAAUUGCAUGGUAUCCUGGCGCACAGCAUUAUCCGGCGGGUGGGCAUUUUCAGCGAUUAGUAUUCCUUUGGUU